AAAAUUUAAAUUAACCCGCGCUCGCAUUUGAAUUCUACUUCAUGAAAGAUGGGAUUGAGGGAACAGGAAAUUAAUCAGGUUACAAGUUCAUCAGCUCUCCCGUUGACUUUCGGACCUGGAAUAACCGAACUCGGUUUCAAGGAAAGGAUAUUAAUAAAAUGGGGUGACACUUUUAAAGACAGGUCAACUCUAACCACCAUUUUGCUGCUUUUAGCGUAUUUCUUUCAUACAGUUUCUCGCCUCAUGGGCCACAUUUUAUCCCCGUAUAUUUUCGGUUGUUGGCUUACUUUGCGUGUUUGCUGUUACCUAUUAUUAUGCACGUUUGUUAAAAACCGGCAUAAUAAGACAAAUUAUAAUCAAAUGGACUUGCUGAGAAUUGCAUUCUUCCAAAUGUUAACUUGUUGGUAUCAUUCUGAAAAAGACGCCGAUGCCACAUACCGAAGCAGACGCCGAUGCCAAUCAGACGAAUCAGACAAUCAAUCCUUAGUCUGGCAAGUCUCUAUAAGUUCCUAUUACCGGGUCUGUUUUAUUGAGAGUGUACUUCUCAUGGCUGUGGCCAAUAGAUUUUACUUCAUGCUUUCCACUUUCGAGGGGUUACAUGAAUUUUGGCUUGCACAUAUUUGCCUUUGGAUCGUCCAAAUCGGGUCGUUUUUUGGCAGUAUCUUUUUAUUUUCAUUGGUUCCGUCAUGCUUGUUUUAAUGCUACAGCGAUCCCAUCACUAGCACGUCAAAUACACGAGUACUAA